CAUAUUUAUGGCCACGCAGAAGCUGAGGAGAUGAAACAUCUAAGAGAAGAACUGCUGGAGAUUUUAAUUUUCUAGAGUCAUUAUUUUGACAAAGUUUCUGUGUAAUUUGUAGGACGUGGAUUUUUUUUUUAACCAAGCUCUUCGCACGCACAUUUUUUGUUUAUUAUUUAUAAUUUGGGUGUCAACAUACACAACAGGCUGAUGGUCGGUCAGGCAGCCAUGCGAGGCCAGCGCGUGGUGGGGAACGUGUGCCGCUGUUGGAAUCCCGCAAUCUGCCUAUUGGUGACCUUACUUGGAUGCUGCAUCUUGUUAGCUCUCAGUGUGUUGUUACAAUUUGGACACAUGAAAGUAAACCGACGGGCUGUAUCCACCAAUAACUUGCUAUCCCCAGUGAGGAAGCAUUACUAUGUGGAACUGGUAAAUGGGAAUAACAGAUGUGAGGGUCGUGUGGAGGUACGCGACAAUGACACCUGGGGCACAGUCUGCGAUGAUGACUGGGACAUGGUGGAUGCCCAAGUUGUAUGUCGCCAGCUAGACUGCGGCGUGGCUGUUGCAAUGGGUAGCAGCUCUCAGUAUGGACAAGGCACAGGAUUAAUCGUGCUGGACAACGUGGACUGCAAAGGGAGUGAAACAAACCUUGGUCAGUGUGACAGUCUCAACUGGGGCGUACACAACUGUUACCACUAUGAGGACGUGGCCAUAAUAUGUCGAGAACCACUGGUUGUAGGAGCAAAAGCUUCAGAGGAUGUUACCACAACGUCCUCCAGGAACACAUACUUAGAUGGCAUGGUCCGUCUGGUGGAUGGAAUGGACUUGUGUCAGGGCCGGGUGGAGAUCUACCAUCAGGGCAGGUGGGGGACAGUGUGUGAUGACGAUUGGGACGUGAGAGAGGCUGAGGUUGUGUGCCGGCAGAUAGGCUGUGGCCACGUUAUUUCAGCUCAUACAAACUCUUACUUUGGCUACGGCACUGGCCACAUUCUUCUGGACAAUAUCAAUUGUCAGGGAAAUGAACCACAACUGACAAAAUGUGCCAGCCUUGGAUGGGGCAACCACAACUGUGGCCAUCAUGAAGACGCUGGGAUCACCUGCUCAGGUAGAGAAACCACCACUGUGGCUGCAAUUUACCCUUCCACUGGAAGCCAGGAGUCCAUCUGGUCAACCCUAAAAACUGAAGCACCAGGUGAUGCUGUCACGGCAACAGAAAGUAUAAGCUCAACUGCCAUGAAAAAAGACUAUAUGGCUAUCCGCGUUGUGAACGGAAACGGCAGCUGCCAGGGUCGCGUAGAAGUACAGUACAGCAAUGUCUGGGGAACAGUGUGUGACGAUGGCUGGGACAUGACAAACGCUAUCGUGGUGUGUCGGCAGCUUGGUUGUGGCAUCGCUAUCGAAGCCAAGUCUCAGGCCUUCUAUGGUUAUGGUACGGGUCCCAUCUUGCUCGACAACGUAGAAUGUCACGGCGACGAGAAAGGCCUUUCCGAGUGCACACAUUCCGGCUUGGGUCAGCACAACUGUGGCCAUCAUGAGGAUGCUGGAGUUAUAUGUGAACCAUUUCUACCCUUCAGUGGAUUGGGAUUUGCCCGUGACUUUAGUGCAACUGACGAGACACCCGGCGGGGAAUCCACCAUCUCCACACCACCUGACGAAGGAACACUGAGACUGGUUGGAAGCAACCGUGUCUGUGAAGGCCGUGUAGAGAUGUAUCUCCAUUCUGAAUGGGGCACAGUUUGUGACGACGCUUGGGACAUCGCUGACGCCCAGGUGGUGUGCCAGCUGCUUGGCUGUGGCGAGGCUGUAACGGCGUGGGAGGAAGCGCACUUUGGGCCUGGCACAGGAAAAAUUCUGCUGGACAAUCUAAAGUGCACCGGAACAGAAGCAUCUCUGUUGCAUUGCUCUCAUAUAUCCUGGGAUGUGCACAACUGUGACCAUUCGGAAGAUGUCGGUGUCACAUGUUUGUUGUUAUGAUUGUUAGAGAAGAGUUUUACCAAGCAAUACACUUUACACUGCUAAGACAACCAACAUCUAUUUGAGAGGUUUCAGCUACAUUUUAGACAUAUAUGCCUAUUAAGCACUUUAUAAUUAACUAAGAGUUGCAAUUGCCUGGGAUAACACUGGUGAAUCCUGAAAUACCAAUGCAAGAAAUAAAUC